AUGAAGUACACGCUCUUCCUCGUCUCCGCCCUCUGCGCCCUCACGCUCGGCGCUCCGAUUGAGCGGCGCGCCACGCCCUCUUCCGUCUCGUGCGGCGGGCGCAGCUACUCGGCGUCGCAGAUCAAUGGCGCCAUCUCCAACGGCGUCAACGACCGUGCCUCCUCCUCGUCGUAUCCGCACAGGUACAACAACUACGAGGGCUUCGACUUUAGCGACCGCUGCUCCAGCACGAGCUUCCAGGAGUUCCCUCUCAAGAGCUCGCCUUACACCGGAGGCUCCCCCGGUCCCGACCGCGUCAUCUACGGCACCAACAGCGGCGCCUUCUGCGGCGCAAUCUACCACGCCUCGUCGUCGGACAACUCCUUUGUGCGCUGCAGCUACUAA